AUGAGUACCACAAAUACAGUUCCAAAGCUGCUUGCUCAAGUCAAGCACGUAGUUUUAGUCCUUUCGGGAAAAGGCGGAGUUGGAAAGUCUUCUGUUACCACCCAGGUAGCUUUGACUCUAUCCUUGAAAGGCUACAAUGUUGGAGUUUUAGAUAUCGACUUGACUGGUCCCUCACUUCCAAGAAUGUUUGGAGCUGAAACGAAGCAAGUUCAUCAAUCAGCAAACGGAUGGGUUCCCGUUUCCAUUUAUCAUGAUGACAAGUCUCCGUUCGGCAGCAUUUCUCUCAUGUCGCUUGGUCUACUCAUCAGUGACAGAGGUUCCUCAAUUGUCUGGAGAGGACCAAAGAAGACAGCCAUGAUUCGACAGUUCAUGAGUGAUGUUGCAUGGACCAGCGGAAAUAGCUCUGAAAUGCUCGAUUAUUUAAUCAUAGAUACCCCUCCGGGAACAUCUGAUGAACACAUAGCCAUCGCAGAGGAACUACGGUAUGCGACUGCUUUGGAUGGAGCUAUUAUCGUGACGACACCACAACAGGUUGCUACAGCAGAUGUGAGAAAAGAGAUAAAUUUCUGUAAAAAAGUUAAUUUUGAUAUCCUCGGUGUUGUGGAAAACAUGUCAGGAUUCAUAUGUCCUCAUUGUGCCGACUGUACGGAUAUAUUCCUGAGAGGCGGAGGCAAAGCUUUGAGCUCUUCAUUGGAUUUGAAAUUUCUUGGAGAAAUCCCUAUCGAUCCAACAUUUGUAGAAAUGAUUGAGCUACAGAAAUCUUCCGAAUCCUCUCUUUUGGACCAGUAUCAAAACUCAAAACUAUACCCCAUAGUUUCGCAAAUCGUUGACGAGAUUCUCAACAAAGAUGGUAAAUAG